CAGGUGAGAGGCAGAAGCGUCCAGGCGGAAAAUGACUAAAGCAAGAUGGCGUCCACACGAGUCACACUAGUAGUGUUGUCUUGCACGUUCGUGAUGUCCCAGCUACUGUUGACGGCCGGCCUGUGCCCGGACAUGCAGACUUACGACAGUUGGAUGGCGUGGUGUGAGGACGAGUUCACCUACUCAGUCAACAUCUCCUACAUCUGUGACUGGGACCAGACUAUAGUGCCGUACAGUCGAGUCACCAAGUGCGCAGAGGCAGUGUCCCUGACCCUGAAUUGCACCGACAGGAGGCGCUUGUUCGACGUGUUUAUGCUGGACCUGCACAGACGUUUCUUCGCGAACUGCACUCCUCCGCGAGAGCCUGACUUCGACGCCCCGGACGAUGUCUUCGCCGCCGCGGUGGCCAUUCCGACCGUCCUGGUGUGGGUUGCCGUGUUCGCCUGGACGUACUGGAACGCGAACAAGAGAUGACAAUGCCAAAACGGAAUGUUUCAGUCCCGCUACAAAGAAAUAUCGGGAAAAGAUGUUGACAAAAGAUCUUGUUUUUGGAUACUGGAACGCGAACAAGAGAUGACAAUGCCACAAUGGAAUGUUUCAUUCAGCCCCUCUACAAAAUGAGAAGAAAUAUCGGGAAAAGAUGUUGACAAAAGAUCUCUGUUGUUUUUGGAUACAGGUUUACCUCCAAAUCGUCAAAAAGUUCUGACUUGUACUGGAACGCGAAUAAGAGACGACAAUGCCACAUUGUAAUGUUUUAUUCAGUCCCGCUACAAAAUGAGAAGAAAUAUCCGGAAGGAAAAGAUGUUGGCAAAAUAUCUCUGUUGU